GCAGGGAGUGGGCGCCCUUUCGCUGAUGGCGACAGCCGGGCGCGCGGCGUUCGGAGGGCGGAGCAUGCGCGUGAGGGUGUCCUCGCCAUGGCGUCGGUGGUGCUGAGCGAGGCGGAGAAAGUGUACGUCAUGCACGGCGUCCAGGAGGAUCUUCGGGUGGAUGGCCGUGGUUGUGAAGAUUACAGAUGUACAGAAGUGGAAACAGAUGUAGUAUCUAAUACAAGUGGGUCUGCCAGAGUAAAACUUGGGCACACAGACAUCCUGGUUGGAGUCAAGGCAGAAAUGGGAGCACCGAAGCUGGAUAGACCAAAUGAAGGAUACUUGGAAUUCUUUGUUGAUUGCUCAGCCAAUGCCACUCCUGAAUUUGAGGGCCGCGGUGGAGAGGAGCUGGGCACCGAAAUAGCAAAUACCCUCUACAGAAUUUUUAACAACGAGAGCAGCAUUGACUUGAAGUUGCUUUGCAUUGCUCCCCGAGAGCACUGCUGGGUGCUUUACGUCGAUGUCCUGUUACUGGAGUGUGGUGGGAACUUGUUUGAUGCCAUCUCUGUUGCAGUGAAGGCAGCACUGUUUAAUACCAGAAUACCCAAAGUACGUGUUUUGGAGGAUGAAGGUGGACGGGAAAUUGAACUUUCUGAUGAUCCUUUUGAUUGUAUUCGACUUAAUGUAGAUAAUGUACCUUGUAUUGUCACACUAAGCAAAAUCGGCUAUAGGCAUGUAGUGGAUGCCACACUUCAGGAGGAAGCGUGUUCUCUGGCUAGCCUCCUCAUUUCUGUGACCAGUCGAGGUGUCCUAACCUGUAUGAAGAAAGUGGGAAGGGGAAGCCUUGAUCCAGAAAGCAUAUUUGAGAUGAUGGAGACUGGAAAGAGGGUGGGCAAGUUGUUGCAUACCUCUUUGCAAUCUGCCUUGGAUAAAGAAGAAAGUCUUGGACCAACACGGAAAAAAGUUGGAUUCCUGGGAUGAGCCUCAUUGUUACAUUGAACAUCUGUCAAGGACUGGAUGCUGAAGUCGGUGCUGUCGUGGUUAUUGUGGCAUAAGAUGUACCAGGCUAGGUACUGAUGCAGGAAGAUGGAAAGAGGAAGCCGUCUUGACCAAAGAAGAAUGGCAAACCAAGUUGAUGGACUAUGCUGAAAUGGCAAAACUAACUGGGAAGCUCAGAAAUCAAGAUGAUAAGAAAUUUUAAAAAGAAUGGUGAAGAUUUGCAAAAGUAUUGUAAACAGGUUAAUACAGUGUCAGGAUUUUAAGAACAUUUGUAAUUUUAGAAUUCAUAUAGGAAAUUUGAGGUAGAAAAAACAAUUUGGAGUAGAAAUGACAUGCAGUUGAAAAGAAUUUAAGGAACAGGGGGGGUAACGGGAUUUGGAGAAUCCCCUUUUAUGGAUUUGAUGUUGUUGCGUAUAAUUUUAUUUGUGGUUGUUUGUUUUUUAUUUUUGUUAUUUUUGUUGAAAAUUUAAUAAAAAUAAAAUAUAAAAAAAUA